AUGCCCCCGAUCACUUUCGAAACUACGCCAGCAACGGCACAAUGGGAUAAGACUAUCACUCAUGAAGACUACAAUAAGAUGCUGCAGGGCCAUAAACCGCAGCAAAUGGAAGACAAGUGGACCAUUAAAGCUAACGCCCCUGAGAACGCCCAAGGCAACGCCAUCCUUCACAUCUACUUUGGCUGGAAACCUCGAGAGGAAAUAUCGCUUGAGAUAUCCACUGGCGACCCUAGUAAAACCGAGGAUGAGGAUUGGGCUACUAUUGUUGAUAUAUCGUGGAAAGUAGAGCACCCGGGUGGAUUGAUGACCUCUGAAGAAGAGGCUAAAACUAUGGCUAUUAAUUUGUGUAAUGGUUUGUUGGGGUGCGCGUUAGAGGAUGAGGACGAGGACGAGGAUGCGGAUGAGGAUGAGGAUGAGGAUGAAGAGUGA